ACUCACCAAUCCCUCUACACUGUUGCAAUUACCUCCCUCGUCCAUCACCAUCCAUCACCUAACCCAUCCAGACUCCUCUUGUUCCCAAAGAACCCCACUCUUCACCGAAGUGUCUCUCUAGCACUAAGCCAGAUAGAAUGUCAAGAUGUUUGGACUCAUAUGGGAAAGUUAUAGGCGGCUGAUGCAAAGAUAUUUCCUUAAAACCAGCGUCACAACAAAAUCCUGAUUAGAGAUUCCAAAGUUCUUCAUAUAUCAACCAAAAUUUCCCAAUUAUGUACAAAUAGUGUCUCUCUAGUAAGUCAUACCCCUCAUAUGCUCAGGAUGAUAUCCUCAAGCUCUUUCUAUAAGACAUCACUCUUCUUUCAUCCAAACAUAUCUUAGUUUUUGCUGAAAAUUUCAGAAAAUUUUCUUUAAAGAGAUUUCCAGAAAAUGUUUGCAAAAAACUGAUGAGCCAAUGAACAUCAUAAGUAUAUGCUGUUUGUAUUGAGAAAGGAAGGCUUCUAACCCAUCCAGCUGAUAUAAUGCCGCAUCUGAUCUCAUUCGAUAAACGAAAUCUGACAUUUUGCUUAAAUAUUAAGAAUUGUUAAUAUUUUAGCAGAAAAGAAGACUCAGAAGCAUGAAUAACGUUUUAAAUAAUAAAUUGAUCUAUAUCUGAUCUCCCUCUACUGAAGAAAGCUUAAUAAGUCCCAAUAAAAUCCAUUCCUAUGAAGACCAAGGAAUAAACUGAAGGCUAACCCAGGAUAGGUUAACAAUAAUUAUGAGAACAAUGAAAAAUAACCAGAGUGCUGAAAAAUAAAACAAUAAUAAUUAUAGAAGGCUAUUGGUAUUACAGUUAGCUUCGCUAAAGUAUGAAGCAAUUCUUGAAUGAGCUCUUGGCUAAAGGCUAUAUUCUCACCUAACGAUCACAAGUUAUAAAUUGCUAUGCUUCAAAGAAUAAAGAUAUUUUGCUCAGUUUAUGAAAAUAAUGCUAAAUUUUUCAAAAGCUUAAGCCAAACUUCAUUAUGAUAUCAGAUAAAUGAUAUUUUGAAUAACAACAUGCUCUUGGCUAAGUAACUGAUCAUACGUGGAUUAUAUAAGAAGAAAAUAUUCAAAUUAACCAUAAUAAAAAAUGCAAAACAAAGAUAAUCUUAAGUCUUCAAAAAUUGCGAAGAGCUGGAAUUUAGAUUGAGAACACAUGUUCAAAUACAAAGCAGAUUGUUUUAAAGAAUCCUAUAUCAAUACUGUUGCUCAUCCACUAAAAGAUAAAAAUGAAAAUAAAGAAAAUGGAUUAGAGUUAGGAGACAUUGUAACAAUGACUUUAUUAAUUCAGAAUACAGCCACUGAUAAUAUAUAAUUAAUUUUUUGGCUUUUCAUUGAGUGACAAAGCAAUGAAGCUCAGAUUCAAAAACUCAUAAAGGCCUAGAUCUUCAAUACCAAGUUUGAUCGAAGAGUCAUAUCUAAAGUCUAUUGUUGCACAAUAACACAAAUCCC